AUGGCUAUUUCUUGGAUUUACAAAGUUUGGAUCCUACUCUUACCCAUUGACAGCACUCUGUCCAGUUAUUCUGAUGACCAAUGCAGCUGGAGAGGGAGGCAAGUAUCACUUUAUAACGGUUUAUUCAAGUUCAUUUGUUUUAUGUAGAACCAUUCGGAUUUUUUUCUAAAAUGUAGCAAGGUGCAAAAUAAAAUUGCGUUUUUAUUCGUUCUGAAUGUAUUUGAGUUCCGUUCAGCUUUGGUGGUCAAAUAUCGCACCUUAGUUGAAUCAAUACAGGACAGUUGGGCGCAAUUAAAUGUUUCCAGUGCUUUGCAACAAAGUAUCACGCGCGCCUUGGGGUUGCAGUCUUGCAGAGUGAGCUGGAGAGAGUUAUGCCGUUAAAAAACAAUGAUUUUAUAUUAAUUGCACAUUUUUUAUUCCCAUUUAUAAAACCAAAUGCCAGGUCAUGUUUGGCGGUUUAAAUUACCACUACACGCUGUAAAGUCAGUCACCUUUUUUAAUGACACCGACGCGCUCCUUUGGUGACCAAUAGGCGGCGCUCCUUUUUUCUGCAAAUGGAAACCUCAGUUCAAUGUCUAUUUUGAAAGCCUGUUUUAAUCGUUUUCAAAUGAUGUACUUAAAAUUAGUAAAAUGCACUCCAAGCAAAAUCUCCAGCUUAAAAGGUUAAUCUGUUGUCAUUCAUUCAUUCAAUUAUUUGAUGGUCCUCUGUAGCUCAAUUAGUAGAGCAUGGCGCUUGUAAUGCCAGGGUAGUGGGUUCAAUCCCCGGGACCACCCAUACAUAAAAAUUUACGCACGCAUGACUGUAAGUCGCUUUGGAUAAAAGCCUCUGCUAAAUGGCAUAUUAUAUUUGAUGUUGCAAGCUCUCCCUCAGUCCCUCUCAAGUUCCCCCACAUCUAAAGCCCUAUACCCAAACCACACAUCCUGCAAUGUUCAGUGCAAUUUCCUUCAUGGUUUUUGAGAAAAUUGCACCACAUCCUACAAGUGGUAUAUUGGUGACUCCUAUUUCAGCCAAGAGGACAAGUUCUGAGGACUAGUCUGUCUGGCUUUGGAGGUCAUAGAAGUCCACUUAUAUAACUAUCUCCUUUCUCUCUCUCCAUCUUUUCAUCCGAUAGUGGUCUGUCCCAGCAGCAAGGCAGUGUGGAGCAGAUCUCCCUCCACUGUUCUGAGGGUGCUCUGGACUGGCUCUAUCCUAAGGGGGCGCUCCGCCUCACCCUGUCCCCCAGGUUGCCCUCUGCAGUGGUGGGGCCCGGGGGAAGCAGCUCGGGCCUGAUCACGGCCUGCGUCAAGCCCUCAGAGCACUUCCACGGGGCCCAGCUCUACUUGGAGAGAGACGGGGUCCUGGAGCUCCUGGUAGGGGAUCGUCUGGAGGAGUCUCCCCCGCCCCGGGUGCGCUGCUUCAGCCGCCUGCCCGGCGAGAAGGUGGCCCUCUUCCUCCAGGCCACGCCCCAUCAGGACAUCAGCCGCCGCAUUGCAUCUUUCCGCUACGAGCUGCGAGGGGAUUGGACGGUGCACCUGUCACUCGACUCGAACCCCGUCAGCAGUAAUGAAGGUGAGUUGGACCAAGGAGGGAGGCAGCCAUGUUGGAUCAGUCUGGGUCAUGGAAGGGUCAUUUGGGCUGAAAUAGAUAGACAUAAGGGUGAACUAUAAAGAUUUCUCUCAUCGCAAAGCAAGGAAAAGAUAGUGUUACAUUUGUUUUGAAUAUGCUCCUUGAGGGUUGAUUGGCCUAACAAACAACUUUUAGAAUUUGUUUUAGCUCAGAUUCGAUAAUUCAAUUCUCCUCUCCCCCACAUACUUCCUGUAUUUCUCUUUGUGUGGGUCUCUGAGUCAUAUUACAUAUAUUUAGUCAAACCCCCCUAAAGAUGUUUCCGCGCAAACAGACCUGCUUUUUGGGGUUCAUUUUCAGUUUUCUCUGUGUCCAGGCAGAGUAGAGUGGGGGUCCUCUAGUUUCCCUGGAAGCAUAGGUCUACAGAGCCUGUCCCCUGGUUUAGAUUUGAAGGGGAAUGGAGGGGGAGGGGGAGGGGGAGGGUUAGGGGGGGACAAAAGCCCAGUAUGUGGGGCCUUCUCUCCAGAGCCCACAGCUUUCAAUGGGGAGUGUUCUGAGAUUACUGCCGUUGCCUUGGAGACAGGGAGACCUCUGCCCCAGCUGAGAUGCUCCUCUCUUUUGUUGAGCGGCCCCUCUUUAAAGAGAUUUGUCUCUAGGAAUACACCCCCUCCCCGCUCUAGAGUCUACACACACACACUGGCUGGGCAUGUGGGGAGGUUUGCUCUAUGGGCCAGUGAGGAGGCAGGAAUCUCAUUUAUCAGACAUUUUCACUAUGAAGGGGGCAGCUAGGAGGGUUGGGGGGUGAACUUCUUGGAACUUACAAGGCCAGCAGAACUAAAAAAAAAUGGCAGGGUGUUUUUGUGCAGUCAAUUCAAUGCAGCCAGGGUUUGGUGGUUUGGUUUCACUCUGCGUCCCUUUCUUGUGGCCAUCUGUGGACUGGGUCCUUGUCUGAAAUGGAGGAGGAUGUAUUUGAUUUUCCACAGUGAAGUUUUUAAAUUGAUAAACAGCUGUGAACAGUAGCGGUGCGUUGGUAAAAUCACUGGGAAGCCAAGCCAGGAAAAAGCCAUAUUACAAUCUAUUUUGUGAUAAUUGCGUUGUUUGCUGGAUAACCCAUCCAUUGAUACACCACUAUGAUAUACAUUAAGGCAGAGACAACAAAAAUACAAGUCACACAGUGGCGGAAUAAAUUCAACCACACACACCUGUUUCAUCACAAAACCAGAGAGCAACAUCUAUCUGGUGAAGUCCACAAAGCAAAUAUUGCAUGCAAAACAGUUGCUUAACCAUGUUGUAGGUCAUGUAAGUCAGCACAAAGAAAACAGGAGCACUGCCUCCGCUAUUCCAUUUCAUUUCAUUUCAACUUAAACAUUUAAACAUCAUCAAAUCAACUAGGCUAUAUUGUAUAUGAUUAGCCUAAUACAAUGAAAACAAACUUAAAGAUAUCAAAACUAUUUAGUCCAAUCAAUGUUGCUAAAUAUCAUGUGGUUGUCCAUUGUACUGAUUUCUGUGUGUGUGUGCGCGCGCAAGUAGAAAAAGCAUGUUGACUCACCCUACUUGUAGACUAGAUGAACACCAAUGCCAUCCUCCUCGCGUUCAUGUCUAUGACUGUCAUACAGUAGUACACGAUUUUAGUUUUUGAUGUCCAAGAGUAGGCUACCUGGCUAAAAUGCUUGCUAGCCUAACUUUCUCACAUGGGCAACAAUGAACCAGCUAAGUUAGCUAGCUUGUUAAUGUGAGCCUACUACAUCUAGGCUAUAUAUUGAACUUCAAUCGUCUCUGGCCAGUGGCACAAUGAAUGAAUUUAUGGUUAGAUCAGAAUAGCCAUUCUAAUCAUUGGCCUGUACGGAGAAUUUAAGUAAAAACACCAAGUCCAAAUCCCCAUCUCCAUCCAUGGCUUAGGAAAGGGCCAAUUUAGCUAGCUAGCUACUGCAGGACAACAGCAUGUCACGAGCAGACCAGAAACCAUUUUGUUUUCGGACAAUUACGUUUUGCUUUUGAUGUGAUUUGAUUGGUGUGAUGCCUAAUCCAAACUGCUGCACCAGGACCACCGACUGUUGAGCUAAUAAAUUUUUUUAUCAACUGAGGCCAAAUGCUCGCUGGCAUCAAUCAAUCAAAAUGUUACGGCGGCAACAUGUCAUACUAUUUUUGUCCAGACAGCAUCCAGAUGCAUGGGCUACACAUAUUGAGACAGAGAGGCGCUGUUUCCCUCGCUUCGAUGAUUUCUCCAGUGAGAUCGAUACAACCAAUUGCGAAUUGAAGGACAAUUAUGAAAACACAGACAGACGAAGAUACAUUAUCUUAUAAUUUUUGGGGAAGCCUGGCUUCCCUUGGCCUCCAUGAAUACACGCCACUGGCUGUGAAUGAAGCCGUCACAACACCUAGGAAGGAAGUGCCUUCUGAAAAAGUGGCGCUUUGCCCAUUUUAAAUCUUUUAAAGUUCUCCACCCUCCUCUCUCGCCCCUGUCUGGUUGACUUUUAUGAGGUGUGGGUGCAGACACCCUAGCAGGAUCUAGGGUGGGGGUGGGAGGUAGGGGGGCUGUUUCAUUUAGCUUUAAAAACGUCUGGGGCAAGUGGAGUCUCGCACCUUUUUAAGUUUCACUGGCCUUCCUCGCCGAACCGUAAAGUAGCAGCUGUCUGAACACUGCAGUGUGUGUGUGCGUGCGUGUAUCUCUUUGCAUGUGGUUUGUUCAGUACCUGGCUAUUCACAUCAUGCCUCCAGAGCAUUUGAUCUUCGUUAUAAGCUUCUUUCCAACCUUUUUCAAGUGUCCGUUAAGUGUGCAACAGGAUAGGUUAAAGCUCAACACAUUACAUAAAGCUUUGUUAUAACAUGAAAAAAUAAAGUAGGUAUGACAUGGUUAUGUGGUUUACAAUAUCAAACAAGGGAGUAAGCGAAGAGUGGAUGGAAUUGCCAUUUGUUUGAUUAGUGGAGCUUUCCAACUGACUGGUUCUUUCUUCCUCUCUCUCCCCAGGUGCCUGCAGACCCUGUAACAACACAGAGCUCCUUAUGGCCGUCUGCACCAGUGACUUUGGUGAGCUCUUCUCUUUUACAACCUCCUGUUUUGUUGUCCGGGGUGCCGUAUAACAAUAAAAUAACAUUCCAGACCAGGAACAGUUUGGCAGAGGUGUGGACUCGAGUCACAUGACUUGGACUCGAGUCUGACUCGAGUCACAAAUUUGAUGACUUGAGACUCAACUUGAUACAGAAUAAAAUAACUUGACUUGGAGCCUCAAGACUCUGGACUUGACUUUGACUGGAGACUUGAAAUUAUCUGGCCAGGGUUUGUCACUUAUUUUGUGGCACUUCAAGAGCAAAAAAAUCAAACAAGCAAUAUAUCAUGACAGGUCAACCAACAGAGGCCAAGCAUUUGAAAGCUGCAUCCUCCGAAGAUUUAUGGCGAUCCGCUCUCUUGACAAUUUAACCAUUUGCGCUUCCCCGAUCCUAUAGCUGUACAGCAAAUCAACAAUCUGUUCGCUAGAUCGAUCAGUGGUUCUCAAACAAUCACUGCGCAAAUGUGGCCUGUCAUUACAGCCAUAAAUGGUGAUGCAUUUUCAAAACGCAAGAUACAGAAAUAAACUACGUUUUACAUCUGCAUAUUGAGCCUAACGUGAUUUGAGACUCGGACCUUGUGAUUUGAGACUUGCAUGUGACUCGAAUAAUGGUGACUUGGUCCCACCUCUGCAGUUUGGUGUCACACUGCAUUUUCUACCCCAAUUCAAUACUACAUUUACUUCAAUACAAAAUGGUUAGAAAAGCCAUUCAGUUGCAGCCAAAAAAAGUAAUCAUUUUGUGUCAGGAUUCAGGAACUACAAAUUGGUUGUACCGAAUCAUCUUAAAGUGAGGGUACCCUAGGUCUAAGGUUGGACCGACAGUGAUCUAAAUCCAAAUCCCCCCCCCCCCCCCCCCGAACUACUUAAUGUAUGCAGAGGUGAAACAGCACAACUUUUUUCCUCUCCAGUUCCCUGAAGUUUCCCCCCUGAGACAGUGCAGUGGACUAAUCCGUAUGGCUCUAAUUCAGCCAUAAUCGGACUGAAUUAUGUCAGAGGGGAUUAUAGAACUGUUCCAGGAAGCUCUCAAUACUAAUUUAACUGACUCUAACUAAUGUUAGCCUCUGGUGGGCUAGGAUCCUAGUUACUUGUUAAUUACUUCAGCUGUUUUUUGACAGCUAAAAGGUGACCGGUUUCCCAGCAAUUUCAAAUAUGUUUUUAGAAUGUGAAGAGCAGGUAUUUAAGAAAAUUACAUUAAUUCAAAGAUAUGUCCUCCACCAACUUAGUCCACAUUUUGUUGAACUAUGAUCUUCAUAUUUGUAACAGCUGUUACAAACUAAUCUGGUCAAUAGAGCUUGUGACUGACUAACUGGUAUGUCUCUUCUCCCCACAGUGGUGCGUGGUAACAUCAAGGCGGUGGAUGAGGACAGUGAGCUACGGGCGGCGGUAAUCAAGGUCAGCGCCACCCGAGUAUUUCGCCAGAAAUAUGCCCUGUUCACCGGGACAGGCCGUCUGACCCUCUCAGGCGAGAUCAGGACCCUGCUGCAGUGCGGUGUCCGGCCCGGGGCAGGAAGCUUCCUCUUCACCGGCCGAGUACACUUUGGCGAGUCAUGGCUGGGCUGCGCGCCCCGCUACAAGGACUUCCUCCAGGCCUACACUCAGGCCAAGUUGGCCCAGCAGCUACCCUGUGAACUGGCUGUGGACUGA